GCAACGCCCCUCGGCCUCCCGCCCUUCAAAGCGGCGCCCGCCUCCCCCGACCUCUCGCUAGUGCCCCCACCCCGACCCAUCAUUCCCCCUCCCCUCCUCGAGCUCGGUGUGCGUCCCCUUCCCCCUGGUCACCCACAUGGCCACCGCGGUGCUGCUGCUGGCCGCCGCCGUCUCCGCGCUCCUCGCGGGCGAGGCGGAGGCGGCGUGGAGCCUAACGAAGAAGGGCACCGUCGUCUCCUACGACGAGCGCUCCCUCAUGAUCGAUGGCAAGAGGGACCUCUUCUUCUCCGGCGCCAUCCACUACCCUAGGAGCCCCCCGGAGAUGUGGCCCAAGCUCCUCGACCGGGCCAAGGAUGGCGGUCUCAACACCAUCGAGACCUACGUCUUCUGGAACGCACACGAGCCCGAGCCCGGCAAGUACAAUUUCGAAGGAAGGUGCGAUCUGAUCAAGUUCCUCAAGCUGAUUCAGGACAACGACAUGUACGCGGUCAUUCGCAUCGGCCCCUUCAUCCAGGCAGAAUGGAAUCACGGUGGCUUGCCUUAUUGGCUUAGGGAGAUCCCCCACAUAAUAUUCCGCGCCAACAACGAGCCUUACAAGAAAGAAAUGGAGAAGUUUGUGAGAUUCAUAGUGCAAAAGUUAAAGGAUGCGGAUAUGUUUGCCUCCCAAGGAGGACCCAUCAUUCUAGCCCAGAUCGAAAAUGAGUACGGGAAUAUAAAGAAAGAUCAUAUAACAGAUGGUGAUAAGUACCUUGAAUGGGCCGCUGAAAUGGCCCUUAGCACCAACAUUGGAAUCCCAUGGAUAAUGUGCAAGCAAACUACAGCUCCUGGUGUAGUGAUUCCUACUUGCAAUGGAAGGCACUGUGGGGACACAUGGACGCUGCGUGACAAAAAUAAACCUCGCCUUUGGACUGAGAAUUGGACUGCACAAUUCAGAGCUUUCGGCGAUCAGGCAGCUGUGCGCUCAGCAGAGGACAUUGCGUAUUCUGUUUUACGAUUUUUUGCCAAGGGUGGGACAUUGGUGAACUACUACAUGUACUAUGGUGGAACAAAUUUUGGAAGGACAGGUGCUUCAUAUGUGUUGACUGGAUAUUAUGAUGAGGCUCCCAUUGAUGAAUACGGUUUGAACAAGGAGCCCAAAUUUGGGCAUCUCAGGGACUUGCACAAGCUAAUUAAGUCAUACCACAAAGCUUUCCUCGUGGGGAAACAGUCAUUCGAGCUCUUGGGUCAUGGGUAUGAGGCACACAACUACGAGUUGCCUGAGGAAAACCUGUGCUUGGCUUUCAUCUCCAACAACAAUACAGGGGAGGAUGGAACUGUGAUGUUCCGGGGGAAGAAGUACUAUAUACCGAGCCGCUCUGUCUCUAUCCUUGCAGACUGCAACCAUGUGGUGUACAAUACAAAGAGAGUGUUUGUGCAACACAGUGAAAGGUCAUUCCACACGGCUGACGAGUCGACCAAGAACAAUGUUUGGGAGAUGUACUCGGAACCGAUUCCGAGGUAUAAAGUAACUAGUGUCAGGACAAAGGAACCCCUGGAGCAGUAUAACCUGACCAAGGACAAAAGCGACUACUUGUGGUACACCACAAGCUUUCGCUUGGAAGCAGACGAUUUGCCCUUUAGACGUGACAUCCGGCCUGUUGUUCAGGUCAAAAGUAGUGCACAUGCAAUGAUGGGGUUUGUCAAUGAUGCCUUCGCAGGGAGUGGGCGUGGAAGCAAGAAAGACAAGGGUUUCCUUUUCGAAAAGCCCAUUGAUCUGAGAAUAGGUAUCAACCAUCUCGCACUGCUGUCAUCAUCCAUGGGAAUGAAGGACAGCGGCGGUGAACUCGUUGAAGUGAAGGGAGGCAUACAGGAUUGCAUGAUACAGGGUCUCAACACUGGGACCUUGGACUUACAAGGCAAUGGUUGGGGCCAUAAGAUCAAUUUGGACGGUGAGGACAAGGAGAUUUACACGGAGAAGGGCAUGGGCACUGUUAAGUGGAAACCGGCCGAGAAUGGACAUGCUGUCACCUGGUACAGGAGAUACUUUGAUGAGCCAGACGGAGAUGAUCCUGUCGUUCUUGACAUGAGCUCUAUGAGCAAGGGUAUGAUCUUCGUGAAUGGUGAAGGCGUAGGUCGCUACUGGACCUCAUACAAAACAAUUGCCGGACUUCCUUCCCAGUCACUAUACCAUAUUCCACGACCAUUCUUGAAAUCCAAGAAGAACCUCUUGGUUGUAUUCGAGGAGGAGAUUGGCAAGCCAGAGGGCAUCCUCAUCCAGACAGUGAGGAGGGACGACAUCUGUUUCCUCAUGUCGGAGCACAAUCCCGCACAGGUCAAGACGUGGGAUGCGGAUGGGGGCCAGAUCAAGCUCAUCGCUGAGGACCACAGCUCAAGGGGCAUCUUGACCUGCCCCCACAAGAAGACCAUUGAGGAGGUCGUCUUCGCCAGUUUCGGCAAUCCAGAGGGCGCGUGCGGCAACUUCACUGCGGGCACCUGCCACACUCCCAAUGCGAAAGAGUUCGUUGCGAAGGAAUGCCUCGGCAAGAAGUCAUGUGUACUGCCAUUGAUUCACACCCUGUACGGUGCGGACAUCAACUGCCCCACGACGACGGCCACGUUGGCGGUGCAAGUUAGAUGCCACAGAAAAGGGAAGAAGGAUGAUUAAGAAUAACAAGGAAGAUUGGCGCCCUUCUCUGGGCUCCUGCACCUGUUUGUUUCUUCGUCUUAUGUUGUUCGGAACUCAAAUCGCGUUGUGCGCCUGUUGUGAUUAAUAUUCGGUUGAGGCGUGCUCGAUCAGGACCAUGGGAAAUCGACACACAAAUGCAAAGGGGGUGCUGAGUGCUGAUCGGCUUGAAAAUGUAUUUUGUUUUUUCUUUUCUUGUUUGUUGCUGUUCUGUGCUGUUUCAUGUUAACCAUCACAGUAGAUGCUGAAUAACUAUGAGGGAUAGUUUUAGUGAACUUCGACUUUGGUGUAAAAAUAUUGUUGAGCUGACCGAAUGGAUAGAACAAUAAUCGAAUGAACAUGUUCUGUGUGUGCAUUCGUAUUUA